AGAAAAGAUUGGACUGUUAGCGGAGGUUUAGUUGAACCGAAUUGCUUGUUUGCCCUUGCUCAAGAAUCAAGAUUACUACCACUCUUGUAUCUCUUCGACCCAAUUUGGAUUUGCUCUCCGACGAUUUUUGGUACUAUUCAGAAGCAUUUUCAGGUGCCCUUUUCGAAAAUCUGCAUUUUCUAAGGGUGGGAGAUUCACUGUGUUGGAUAAUGGCAAGUUAUGCGUCGAUGAAUUUCACUCUUACUCGAAACCCUGUUGGAAUGUUGUCUGCUCUUGGAGGCAGAGUUUCUAUGGAGCACCACCCGGGGAAAAGCUAUAUGAAAAUGCCCGAGGAUAGGAAUGGGUUUGUGGGUAUCAAUCAAAAAUCUAAUUUGGCUAAGUCUUCUUCCAAUUCUCACAAUGUCAGCCCAUAUCAGAACAGGGAUCCAUUUCUGGAUUUACACCCUGAAAUUUCAAUGCUAAGAGGCGAGGGAAACAGUUCAGUUAAUAGCCCAAGAAAGGAAAAUUUGGGUGGAAUUACACCCGAGAACUUGGAAGAUGCAUCCAGUAGUAAUUACAACGAGGCAAGGAUUAAAGUUAUUGGUGUGGGGGGUGGUGGAUCAAAUGCAGUUAAUCGGAUGAUUGAAAGUUCGAUGCAGGGUGUGGAGUUUUGGAUUGUUAAUACAGAUGUGCAAGCGAUGAAAAUGUCCCCUGUCUAUCCUGAGAACCGUCUACAAAUCGGUCGAGAACUUACAAGAGGUCUUGGUGCUGGUGGGAAUCCUGAGAUUGGCAUGAGUGCUGCAAACGAAAGUAAAGAAGCUAUAGAAGAGGCGCUUUAUGGAUCUGACAUGGUUUUUGUCACUUCUGGGAUGGGUGGAGGAACUGGAACUGGAGGGGCUCCUGUUAUUGCAGGCAUUGCAAAGUCAAUGGGCAUAUUAACAGUUGGUAUUGUUACUACACCCUUCUCUUUUGAAGGACGAAGAAGAGCAGUUCAAGCGCAGGAAGGAAUUGCAACUUUGAGAGACAAAGUUGAUACAUUGAUAGUUAUCCCGAAUGACAAAUUACUUACAGCAGUUUCGCAGUCCACCCCUGUAACAGAAGCAUUUAAUUUGGCUGAUGACAUUCUUCGGCAAGGUGUCCGUGGUAUCUCUGACAUCAUCACGAUACCGGGGCUGGUAAAUGUAGAUUUUGCUGAUGUCCGUGCUAUAAUGGCAAAUGCUGGUUCUUCGUUGAUGGGAAUAGGAACUGCUACUGGAAAGACAAGGGCAAGAGAUGCAGCUUUAAACGCUAUCCAAUCACCUCUAUUAGAUAUUGGCAUAGAAAGAGCCACUGGAAUUGUGUGGAACAUAACUGGUGGAAGUGAUUUGACUUUAUAUGAGGUGAAUGCUGCAGCGGAGGUUAUAUAUGACCUUGUGGAUCCUACUGCUAAUCUAAUAUUUGGAGCAGUGAUAGAUCCUUCACUCAGUGGUCAAGUUAGUAUAACUCUAAUUGCUACUGGAUUCAAGCGCCAAGAAGAAAGCGAAGGAAGGGCGCUUCAGGCCAGUCAACUAUCACAGGGAGACAACAAUUUUGGAAACAACCGUAGACCUUCUUCUUUGAGUGAAGGUAGUUCGUUUGAAAUCCCAGAAUUCUUGAAGAAGAAAGGUCGCUCACGCUAUCCUAGAGCUUAAUCAUCCUUAUUUCAGUUGGAGCAUUUGUUUGUCGCCAUGGCCUUCCUUCCUACGUACAUAUAUUAUGCUGCUAUAGGUGGUAGUAUCUGUAUACCCUUCUUCGGUUUGGUUACUUUGUAUAUUUGUUGAGUAAUAAAUAGUUCAUAUAUUGCUUAUCUGUAGUUACAAUAUGAAAUAUGUUUCUAGCUGAAAAACUUGAGUUAGUUGUAUUCUUCUUUUGAUAAAGUUGCUCAACAGUAGCUUUUUCAGCAAAAUACUGUAAUGGCUGAAGUCAAGAUGAAGUAGUUUUCAUGGAAUUGCCUUAAUACCUUGUUGUAAGUUGAUUAAAUGUACUUCUUCAUUAGUUU